AUGGAAUCUCGCCUCCUCGCCCGCACCAACAAAAUCACAAACACCUCCGGCCUCUCCCCCACCCACCUCCAAGCAAACCUCCUCAUCCUCCCCACCGCCCAUGCCCAAUCCUUCCACGACCUCUGCCGCCGCAACCCUGUCACUUGCCCCUUACUCGCCACAACCCCAGCCGGCAAUCCCCACACCCUCCAGCCGUCCAAAAUAAUCCAGUCGACCGACUUCGACAUCCGCACUGACUGUCCUGCGUACCGCGUUUACAAACACGGGAAAUGCAUCGCACAACGCCGCGAUAUUCUCGAUCUCUGGAACGAUGAUUAUGUGGGAUUUCUGAUUGGAUGCUCGUUUUCGUUCGAAGGUGCGUUGGGACGCGCGGGAUUGAAGCCGCGGCAUCAGGAGACGGGGACCGUUGUGCCGAUGUACCGGACGAAUUUGCCGUUGUUGCCUGCGGGUGUUUUUACGGAUGCCACAUGUAUUGUAUCUAUGAGGCCGUAUAGACCUGAGGAUGUUGAGAAGGUGAGGGAGGUUACGAGGCCGUAUUUGUCGACGCAUGGGGAGCCGGUUGCGUGGGGUUGGGAGGGGAUGAAGAGGCUGGGGAUUGAGGAUAUUCAACGGCCAGAUUUUGGGGAGGGGCCUUUCAUUAGGGAGGGUGAGGUUCCUGUUUUCUGGGGCUGUGGCGUUACGCCGCAAAUAGCAGUGGAAUCCGCCGGCGACAAAAUCGACGGCCUUGUUUUUGCCCACGAACCGGGGAACAUGUUGAUAACUGAUCUGACGGACGAGGAUGCCUGUAUUCUGUAA